UUCAUAGGUCCCUGGGUUGUGCACAUUGUAAUGUUUGGUAGUGCAAUAUGACGCUUCGAGCAGUGAACUUUGAAUAGGGCUAGUACACGCCCCAUGGACCUGAUAUCCAGGGAGCGUCUCCCUGCACUGCUCAGUAAACAAUCGAUCUCCUAGCACACAAUUUGGAGAAGGAAGGUGACAUUAUGCAGUGUAUACAAAGAGAGCCGAGAAGGACAAAAUCCGAGGAGUUACUAGCAUAUGAACAAAGCAAGAAAGUUGCGCAAGUCAACAUUGAUCUCCUGGGAUUGCGUGAUGAUCCAAACCUUAAGUUUCUGCUGAGCGGAGGAGAUCUGCUGAAGGUGCGCUCCAGCAACUGGAAGAAGACACGAUUUUACAAGCUGAGGGAGGACUGCAAGACCCUGUGGUACGAGUCACACAAGAACAUCAGACCCGUCAAACCCAACUUCAUGGUGGAAGACAUUGCGGCGGUGAGACAUGGCCGUCAAACAGAGGGACUGAGGAAGUACACAGACGAAAAGGUCGAAGGUCGGGCCUUUUCCAUCAUGUUCAAGAGUCGUCGUAAGAAUCUGGACUUAAUCGCUAGCUCGCCAGAGGAAGCGAAGCAAUGGAUCACUGGGUUGGAAAAGCUGAUGUCCAACAUUGGCAAGCUCACUCAUCAGCAGAAGACUGAGCACUGGAUCUUCAACCAGAUGCGCAAAGCAGAUAAGGACGGCAACAACAAAAUGUCUCUGAAGGAACUGAAGAGCUUCAUGCGUCAAAUCAACAUUGAUGUGGACGAUGAGUAUGCAAGCCAAUUGUUUGAGCAAUGUGAUACGUCUAAGUGUGGAUAUCUGGACGGCAAGGAGAUUGAGCACUUCUACACGGUCCUCACACAACGCGAGGAGAUUGACGUCAUCUACGGGUCUUUUGCCAACUCAGGAGACCUGAUGAGCGCAGAAGACCUGAGGAGGUUCCUGAACACAGAGCAGAGAGAGGCAGUGGACCUGGAUCAUGCCAUCAGCCUAAUCAACAAGUAUGAGCCAGACGACACUGCCAAAGAGAAGAAGAUGAUGACCAAGGAUGGUUUCCUGAUGUACCUGCACCAACCUGAGGGUCUGAUUUUCAAUCCUGCCCACAAGAGUGUGUACCAGGACAUGACUCAACCUCUCAAUCAUUACUUCAUUUCCUCCUCUCACAACACAUAUCUGUUGGAGGACCAACUGAAGGGACCCAGCAGCACUGAGGCGUACAUACGGGCUUUGCUGAAGAGCUGCCGCUGCGUGGAGCUGGACUGCUGGGAUGGGUCAGACGGCGAGCCGGUCAUUUACCACGGUUACACCCUCACGUCGAAGAUCCUCUUCAAAGACGCCAUCAAAGCCAUCAAAGACUACGCCUUUAAGACAUCCGAGUACCCAGUGAUCCUGUCUCUGGAGAACCACUGUAGCGUGGAGCAACAGAAGCUGAUGGCCCAGCACAUGAUCUCCAUCAUGGGUAGUGCCCUGGUGACAAAGCCCCUCGGGGACCAGAUGCCCACGGGAUUCCCUUCUCCAGAGGAGCUGAAAGGGAAGUUUUUGAUUAAAGGAAAGCGGCUGAACAAACUGGAGGAUAGCUUUGCAACAGAAGCCAACACUGCUGAGGACGACGUCACUGAGGAAGAAGAGUCUGGCGAUGAUGAGGAAGAAGAUCAGAAACCAAAGAAGAGUAAAAAGCUGAAAUUGGCCAAGGAACUGUCUGAUAUCGUCAUCUACUGCAAAAGUGUGCACUUCCAUGGCUUUGAGGAUGCCAAGGAAAACCUUGGCUUCUACGAGAUGUCUUCCUUCAAGGAGGGAAAGGCAGUAAAGCUGGCCGAGGAGUCAGCACGUCCAUAUAUCCACCACAAUGUUGACAAACUGAGUCGCAUCUAUCCGGCGGGCCUGAGGACAGACUCCUCCAACUACAACCCUGUCCCUCUCUGGAAUGCUGGAUGUCAGUUAGUUGCCUUAAAUUUCCAGACUUCGUGCCACGAGAUGGACGUGCACCAGGGUCGGUUCCUCCAGAACGGCCUGAGCGGGUACAUCCUGAAGCCAGCGUACCUCCGGGACGGCGCCACCGAGUUCGACCCCAUCACUAUGGCCCGAGGACCAUGGCUUCAGCACAAGAAAUUUCACAUUAUGGUGAUCUCUGCUCAGCAGCUACCCAAAGUCAAUCAGAAGAAGUCGUCCAUCGUUGACCCCUUGGUGAGGGUGGAGAUAUACGGUGUCAACAGUGAUGUGGCGCAAAGAGAAACAGAGCACGUUGACAACAAUGGAUUUAAGCCGAUGUGGAAUACGACGUUCAAGUUUGAUGUCUUUGUGCCAGAAUUAGCUCUGGUACGCUUUGUGGUGGAGGAUUACGAUUCCACUUCUGGCAAUGAGUUUAUAGGGCAGUACAGUCUACCCUUCACCAGCAUACAGUGUGGGUAUCACCAUGUGCCACUGCUCAACAAGAACGGGGAUCUCCUACCCUCAGCUGGUCUCUUUGUUCACACGAUGAUCACAGACGAGGGGGCACAGUCAUCAUAACAGUCGGAGCUCAAAAUAUUCACUUUAAACAGCAGUCCAAAAUCAGCAAAAGAACAUUUGCACUGUGAAUUUAGCGCUUGACAACAACUGUAUUUGGCCUUUUUUGAAACAGUCUUUCUGAAAAGCACUCACAGGCAUUGCACUACCAUUCAAGAAUGAAGAAACCAAUAUGAACUCAAAUCACUGCCAUGUUUGACCUUUUGGUUAUUUUAAUCGAUUUAUGCGGUGAAAUGUUUUAAUGUACAUACAGUGGAAAAAGGUCUCAGCAGUAUUUGUAUUCUUGAAUAUUUUUGAUAAUGAUUUCUUUUAUUGUGCAUGAUUGAUAUAUUACUGCAAGACUUAUCAUUUGCUUUCGUUUGCUUUUGCAAAAAAGGUGAUUUAAAUGUCAUGCUCAGUUCAAUUUGCAAAUAUUUAAAUAACAAAUCAUACCCAUUUUCAGCCACUUGUGCUGGUAAACACAGGGCAAAGACUUUCAUAAAGCUUCAGACACAUUACUGACACAACCAUAUUGAAUUGUCAUUUUAUAUACCUAAACAUUUACUUGUGAUUGUAUCUGUACUGAGUUAACCACAGAACCGUACUUUAACUUUAUAGUCGCAUUUACACAUGCAGUAAAUGUGGAAUCAAAACACUUAAUGACAACUGUGUUGUUACACUUACUCGGUCGUUUUGCUGUACCUACAUGUCAAGUGAUGUAAUAAAUAGUGCUUUUUGCAUUUUAUCAUUGUUAGUGACUUCAAAACAGAAACCAGUGUCACUACAUAAAACCUAUAUUCUGAGACAGCCACUGGUAACAACAGAGAAAUGCAUAAAUAAACAGUUGAAACACCCUGCUUCAUAUAAAUGCCAACAAUACAUUUCCAUACUGUUGUGAUAAUGAAUGUGGUCUUAGGUCUUUCAUUAGGUUGGCAAAAGCGCCCCCUUGUGUCAACAGUCUGUACACUUGAAUUACAGGCCAAAAGCCAGGAUGCAAGUGAACAACACACAUUUUAUUUGCGCUUGCACAUGAUGCCAUUGCCCUUACUCUUGAUAGUGCCAAAGUAAGAAUACUGAUAAACUUAAUCUU